AGCAUGCAAUGGCGUCCAUUCCUUCUCCUGGUGGCGGGAAUAGCCACAAUUUACCUUGCUAGUUUAUUACAAGACACUCCAUAUCCACAUCCAGCAAAGAUUUUGAUAUCAGAACAGCCGAAAACGCGAUAUUUGGUAGACGAAACUGUUCUUACGGUGGCAAAUGGGUAUAUGUACCAGACAUCUAUUUGGUUUGAGGCAUCUCUUCAAACUAGUCGAGGAAUGAAACAUGGCACGGGUAGAAUGAAGACCGGAGUAAUUGGUCAUUUAAAGCAGGUUCGACGACCGCUUGGUGAACUAUUAGGAAAAGAAGAUGUUUUGGAGCAAGGUUGGGUAGAAACAUUUAAGCACCAACUGCGUGGUCCAAUAUCCAGUAUAUCGGUCGUACCUCCUAGCGAGAUUGCUGAUGAAGCGAAUGAACUUGUAUUUGCAGUAUUAUAUCAUGCUCUUGAGGAUGAAGAAGCUCAGCAUUUUGUGAGGGUAUACUAUUUACCCAAACUGACAGCUACACAUAUACCAACCUUUGAAUACAAAGAUAUACUGCUACCGGGGAACACGUGGGUCAAUGCAUUUUCUUUAGAACAUCACAGUAUCUUAUUUUCUCGUGAUCCAGACAAUUACCGGUUCCGUGUUGUUUCAUUUCCAGCAAAUAUUACGUCAAAACCACAUUCUGCCGAUAGCGAGAUUGUUAAGUUAAGGGACAGUAAACGCGGUGAUCCCUUUGGAAGUGAGUGUGUGAUAAUUCCAGAAACAUAUAGAGUAUUUACCAUGGAUUUUCACCAGACAACAAAUUCGCUUUAUGAAAAUAUUACAAUUGUUGAUGAUCAAAAAACAAUUACCCAAUUAUCAGAGUUGCGGGGAAGUGUUCCUGAGCACAAGUGGAAUUGGAGAGAUAUGGCCAAUUUGACAUAUGAUAACUAUGUCGAUGAUACCUCGGAAUAUAUUGGAUUUGUGGAAGUAGCCAAGAUUUCACAGCAUGAAAGGUUAAAAACCGAUUUUCCAAAGCUGUGUUUUGCUCGCUCUAGUGAUGCCAAGACGGUUGUAUUUCCACUCGUUGGGUCAGAGUUUUUGAUCAUUGACUACACUGAUCGUAUUGACUUGCUAGAGAAAGACAAAAAGGAACGCAAACAUUUGUAUAAGAAUGAUGAAGGCACCUACCUUCCUGAAUACUAUUAUUGGUCAAAAACCAAACUGAGCACAAAUGUUUACGAUAUACAAAUCACAGGAUUUAGCCUCAACGAUCGCGGAAAUAUAUUGGCACUAUGGACAGAACAUGAAAAUAUUUAUAUUUAUAAGCGUGGCGAUGCUGAUUUGCACGACACCUCUAAAAAGCAGGUUCUAUCCAUCCAUGAGGAAGAUACUGUACUUGAGGGUGGACCGAAAGUAGUCAGUCAGGAUGGGAUUUCUACAUCAGGUACAAAAGAAUCGUCUGAUAGGUUUUUGGAUGAAUGGUCCCUACGAAUGGUUAUUACCCCAAAUGAAAGGGCUCGUGGAUACUCGAUAAGCACAGUUGGAUUUAUAAACAAUACAAACAGUGAUAACGGAGCUACCGGAAACUACAUAUUUGUUGGUCUUAACAACGGUAUGGUCAACUCUUACUCUGUUGACGAAGCAGAAGAAAGGAAGGAAGUAAACUUUGUGACAUUUGUUACUGAUCGUUGGGAUAUGUUGAUUGCUAUGUCUAUGAUUGUAUCUGUAUUUGUUUUCAACGAAUGCAAUCACUUUGGAUCUUAAUCUUAAUUUCGUAUUUACUCCCAGUCUUUAUUUAUUUACUUAUUUACUUAUUGUAUACAUAUACGCAGCUUGCUGUCCAUUUUACGCCCAUUUUUGGCGUUCUAUAUGGAGUUUACGGAGUUAGAAAACCUAAGAAAAAGGGGAAAUCCGUAACAAUGUAAACAAUGAUUUUGUAACAAUUUUGUAUGCGGAGUUUGUUACAAUUUUAAGCAGUGAAAGUUUGUAAGAAUUUUACUAGUAAAAAUGUAAACACUUUAACCACG